AGAGAGCAGUUUCUGCAAACUUUAAAAGCUGACAUAGUGUGUUCAGAAAUUAGAGCCCAACAAAGUGCACCAGAGGGAUUUACUUCCGAAGUUCACGUCAACAUUUUGAGUCUAAUAAGAACAGGAGGGCUGUUUAUCAGCUGUUCACUGGACAUCUGUGUACAGAAUGACUACCACCAUGGAGAAAUCCAAAAACUUUCGCAUUGAUGCCCUGCUGGCGCACGACGUGGAACAGAGGACGGACAGCGACGGUGCUUCCCCGGGGUUUUGUUACAGCAGGAGCCCCGGCGACAGUCCGGUGUCAAACCGCGGCUCUGAGACGCCCUCCCCUCAUCCAAACUCAACGAACUCCUCGCCAGUCCCGUCGGGAGUCCUGCCCAAAUCCCAGCUCUUCAAUUUAUCCCAGUCAGGAUUCACAGCUCUGCACCAAGGGGGUCUCAUCGGAAUGCACCCCGGCUCCGUGUAUCCUCUGGCGGCCCUCGGAGGCCAGCACCCCACCUUCAUGUAUCCCGGCUUCACGCAGCUGGUCCAGCCGUACCCGGAGCAGCUGAAGGGAGCGACCAUGACCGGAAGUCUUCCGCUGGAGCAUUGGAUCAGAGCCGGGCUGAUGAUACCCAGAUUUGGCGAAUAUGGAGCUCCGGCCCAGGCAGGUUUGUUGGGGAAGUGUCGGAGGCCCAGGACAGCUUUCACCAGUCAGCAGCUGCUGGAAUUAGAAAACCAGUUCAAGCUCAACAAGUACCUGUCGAGGCCUAAACGCUUUGAGGUGGCUACUUCUCUAAUGCUGACCGAAACUCAGGUUAAGAUCUGGUUCCAGAACAGACGUAUGAAGUGGAAGAGAAGUCGCAAAGCCAAGGAACAAGCAGCCCUGACUUCCCCUCUGACUGAUACAGAAAGAAAUGGGAUGGAUAUACACAGUGCCAAGUCUCAGGGUGACUCACACAGCUCAAGCCUAGAGGAUGAAGAGGAGUUGGAAGGGGAGGAUGAGGAUGAAAAAGAGGAGGCAGAGGUGCUGAGGGCAAGUUCUUUAGGUUCUGUUGGCUUCAUGAGGCAUGCUGUAGGAGGAACAGGGAACUCUUAUAGCUCUUAUUCAGAGGAGGAGCUGGAAGAGGGAGGAUCGAGAACGAGAAGCGGGGUUUUUCCAUAGUUAUAAAAUUCUGCAUGCUUUUAUUGUGUGGCCCUUUAUGUUUAUUACUCCUGAGAAGACAAUACACAGUGCAAUCAAGAGCACAAACAUGGUGCCAUGGAAAGGAUCAUUCAUUAUUCACAGCCCAACCCAUAGUGCCAUAUCUGUAUCCAGAGCUCUCAAAAUAGCAAAGAGGGAUAUUUACAUCUACACCUCGGUCUGGAAAUGAAAAGCAGGAUAAUGCCAUUUGUGUGUAUCUGGUCAUUUAAUGGUUUAAUGGCCAGUAAUCUGUGAGUUAUGACUUACUUCAGAAUUAAUUCUGUUUAUAACGGGCAUUUUUUGUGCAUGAUUUAUUUGUGUUUUAAACAGUACAAACAAAAAUCUGCAAUAAAGUAACUAAUACAUGAAUGUACAUGUACUA